GCUUCUUUCACUGUUUCACUGCUACAGGAGGAAGACCAGUCCGGAUUGGCAGAGAAAGAACGUGAAAGACUACUUUGAUUGCAUUAAACAUCAGCUUUGAUGAGUUUGGCAUGACUGAAUAUGAAGUGAAAAAGACAGACCCAGUUAGAUCGCCCUGUUCCACCUUCCACCAACCGUAUGCAUUCAAGCUCUCUAUGCUCGUACAUGGUGAGCAUGUCCUCAGGUAGCGGACAUGGUCACCAUGCUGGCACAAUGCUGAUCACAGCACAUGCAUCGGCUGUGGCCACCAUGCUAUCCCUAUUCUUUGCUCCAUGCAGCUGCAACUAGCUCCUUGCUGGAGCCUGCUCAGCAGGCUGUGCGGCAACAUCCUCUUCGAAAGCCCCGAGGCAGCGGAGUUCCUACGGCUCUCAGCCGGUUUGCCGGUGCUCCUCUCCCAUUGCUACGCCGACCCAGAGCUGCCCUUGCUCAGGGAGGCCGGCGUCUAUGCGGUUCGCAAUGCUACGAAGCACAGCGAGAAGACCAGAGAUGCAGUGCGCAGCAUCCUUGCUGAGAGGCGAGUCCGUGAUGCUGCGGCAGGUCCUUUGCCCACGGUGGACGAGAGCGCUCUCUUCUAAUCUCAGAUUGACCACUACCAGCCUCAAACGCAUGCGCCCGCCUGCCACCUGCACACACCGUGGGCGACGACAAGCAGCCGAGCGCCUUCACCAGCUUCUUCCCGUCGCCAUGUGCUGCUCAUGGUGAACACGUGGCAGUGAGAGGCGCAUGCGUGGCGACGAUGAUCAUGGGAAGGCUUGGAUGAGAAGAAUUGUCCGAAGAGCAUCCCAGUGAAAGCCGAGUCCCACUUGUUGGUGGGCACAGUACGCUGAGCAAGUAGGUUGGAGAUUUGUCUAAGUCUUGAGUCUUUGGC